AUGCAAAAGUUCAAUAUGCGAGGCGAUGCAACCUCUGAUAAGGGGGAUAAUUUGCUAGGCGGAGUAAAGGACCUAGAGGGGAAAGAUAAGACGAGCAUUGCUGAGUUAGACCACGUAGAGUUUAGCAACGAGAAUGCGCAGUUGGAUGAAGAAAAUAAUGAAAACUCAGAGGUAGUGUGCUUGAACGCCGAAGAGGAAGCAGAGGAGGCUAACUUGGAGGAGAAAAGCAUGACUUUGGCUGAAGCACUGGCGGAAUACCCCAAGGCUGCUGGAUGGUCCAUGCUGGUGGCGACCACCUUGAUUAUGGAAGGAUACGAUACCGCUUUGCUGAACGCUCUCUUUGCUCUUCCGGUGUUUCAAAGGAAAUUCGGCUCUCAAACCAGCGCUGGCACUUUUGAGAUACCUUCUCAAUGGCAGGUCGGGCUGAACAUGUGUGUUUAUACUGGUGAGAUAAUAGGGCUGCAAAUGACAGGAUUCUUAGUCGAUCGUAUGGGAACCCGUUAUACUAUGAUUCUAGCACUUUCUUUGCUAACGGUGUACAUUUUCAUACUGUACUAUUGCAAAAACUUGGCCAUGAUCGCUGUCGGUCAGAUUCUUUCAGCUAUGCCGUGGGGUGCAUUUCAAAGCUUAGCGGUAGGAUAUGCAUCCGAAAUUUGUCCGUUGGCACUCAGAUAUUACAUGACCACCUAUUCGAACAUUUGUUGGCUCUGUGGCCAGAUUCUCGCUGCCGGUAUAAUGAAAAAUUCUGAGAAGAAUUUAGCAAACUCUGAUUUGGGCUACCAGAUACCAUUUGCUUUACAGUGGGUCUGGCCGGCGCCGUUGGCAGUCGGUGUAUUCUUAGCGCCUGAAUCGCCAUGGUGGCUCGUAAGGAAAAACAAGCUGUCUGAUGCCAGAAGGUCCUUAAGCAGAAUUUUGAGCGGUGACAGUACCGAGAAAGAGAUCAAAGUCGAGAUCACAUUGGAGCAGAUCAGAUUGACUAUUGAAAAAGAGAGAGAGAUGAAGGAAAAAUCUAGCUCUUUCUUUGACUGUUUUAAGGGAAUCGACGGCCGCAGAACCCGAAUCUCCUGUUUGACGUGGAUGGCACAGGGCACCAGUGGUUCGAUAUUGCUUGGAUACUCUACUUAUUUUUUCCUGAAAGCGGGCAUGGCAACCAGCGAUGCCUUCACAUUCUCCGUCUUUUCGUACUGCCUUGGACUGGCUGGUACAUUAUGCUCGUGGGCUCUCUCAGGGAAAAUAGGAAGAUGGACUAUAUUGACCAGUGGCCUAAUAAUUCAAAUGGGGAUUCUUAUCAUAAUCGGAGGUUUGGGAUUUUCGAAAAAUCCUAACGCUAGCUGGGGAAGUGGUAGCCUUCUGCUGGCCCUGUCAUUUUUUUACAAUGCUGGUAUUGGACCUGUCGUAUAUUGCAUAGUAGCAGAAAUCCCAUCAGCAGAGUUGAGGACCCAAACCAUAGUGUUAGCGCGUAAUUGCUAUAACUUGACCGCUGUAGUUAAUUCCGUUUUGACUCCGUAUAUGCUGAACGAAAGUGACUGGAACUGGGGUGCCAAAAGUGGACUUUAUUGGGGUGCUAUGACAGCCCUGACCUUGGUUUGGGUUAUACUUGAUUUACCCGAAACUUCCGGUAGAACAUUCAGCGAUAUUGAUGAAUUAUUUGCUCAAAAGGUUCCAGCGAGAAAAUUCAAGAGUACUUCGGUUGAUCCAUUUCGCAAAGCUGAAAAUUCAGGUGCUUUAUCGGAUGAAAUGAGUGCUGAGGCUUCCUUGCGUGGUGUCAGACAUAAAAGGCUAUCUGGAACAAGCGGCAAAUUGAGCCUAACGGAUCUCAGAAGCCGGCUCUCUAGCUCGUCUUCACGAUUUCCAUCAUGA